AUUAUAAUUCUUUACGUACAAUGCUCGAUACCACCGAUUUCUUCAUUCAACAUCUCUUCUGGUUAAUCUAAUAACGUUAUUAAAUAUGUCUUUAAACAUUUCGUGGGACAUCGGCGUUAUCUGUGAGGUGAAACUUCUUGCGCUUCACACCUUUAAUCCACUCCUCCGCGCCCCCAUUGGUCCGCGACCCUUUUAAAGCCCCUCUUGAUCUCUUGGGCAGACCAACGGCGAAAUCCUCAAAGAACCAGGAACCACAUCAGCAUGUAUCUCGACCGAAUGCUCCCCGAACCCGAAAUGGGCCCCACGACAACGAUGAUGUUAGAGAGCCAGCCGCGCCAUUACGCGGCACCUGAGAGGAUCGAGCCGCGCACCGCGUCUCAUUUCCCCGUGUUGGGUCCAUCCAGCCCGGUGUCGGUGGGUUCAGAAUCCAGCUGCUCAAGUCCGGAGGCGAAAGCGACCGUGGAAACCCGGGUGAGACGCCCACUGAACGCGUUCAUCAUCUGGACCAAAGAGGAACGCAGACGCCUUGCGCAGCUGAAUCCUGACCUGGAAAACACAGACCUCAGUAAAAUACUCGGUAAAAAAUGGAAGGCCAUGUCUCUGGCAGAGAAGCGCCCCUACAUGCAAGAAGCAGAAAGGCUGCGAAUCCAGCACACCAUCGACCACCCCAACUACAAAUACAGGCCCCGCCGACGAAAGUGCAACAAACGUGGCAGCAAGACACCUCCGAGCGAGACCUGCACCUCUCCAAACAGCACCUUUCACCUCAGCUACAUGUUCCAAGGUCAAGCCCCACAGCAACCCCCCAGUCAACUUCACCCAUACAAUCAAUUCAACUCCUAUAAUCUUCCACAUGGAGGUUUGGGGUUCACCGGCCACCCUUCGGUGUUCCAGCAAACUGUGGCAUCAUCAAACGGAGAUGAGAUGUUCAAUGGUGGACCUGCUUUCCUGAAUUCACCUUCAGUACAUCCACUUCCAUCUGCAUACUCGGAGUCACUGCGGUAUUCCCAGAAUUCCAUGCAGCAGAGAGGAAGUGACCUCCACGAGUGGCGGGGAACAGAGGCGUGCGCGUGUGUACUUUGUUUAGGCGGACCUUCUUUGGAGUUCUACCUGGAACAGGUGAGAACGGACAUGCUGGACCAGCUCGAUCGCAGUGAAUUUGAUCAGUACCUCAAUCCAGUACGGCCUGAGGAACACAAGUAA